AUGACGUCGAGUUUACCAACCAGGGAGCGCCGCCCCUCCACAGCCGCUCCUAUUGUCGACAUAGUCGGUUCUGUAGGCCCCGCGGGCAUCUCUCGCCCGAAACAUAAGCGUACCUUCACGGGUUUUGGAGCCAACGAGAUCAAGAACGUAGAAGCGGCGAUCCCCGAGCCUCAACGUGCGACAUGGACUAAGCACCAAUUCGAUGGCUUCAAGACAAAGGAUGAGUUUGAGAAGGAGGUUGUUCGCCAUGUCGAGACAACCUUGGCUCGUAGCAUGUUCAACUGCGACGAGUCGGCUGCUUACUCGGCUACAAGUUUAGCAUUUCGUGAUCGUUUAGUUAAGGAGUGGAACAAGACUCAGCAGCGCCAGACCUUCACAGAUAGCAAGCGCGUCUAUUAUCUGAGUUUAGAGUUCUUGAUGGGUCGUGCUCUUGACAAUGCUAUGCUCAAUGUUGGUGCUAAACCCACUGCUAAAGAGGGACUUGACGAGCUUGGAUUUCGCAUCGAAGACAUCAUUGGCCAAGAACACGAUGCUGCAUUGGGCAAUGGUGGACUUGGACGACUUGCGGCUUGCUUUCUCGACAGUCUCGCCUCCUUAAACUAUCCCGCCUGGGGUUACGGCUUAAGAUAUCGCUAUGGUAUUUUCAAGCAGGAGAUUAUCGACGGAUACCAAGUCGAGGUUCCUGACUACUGGCUCGACUUCAACCCGUGGGAAUUUCCAAGACACGAUAUUACAGUCGACAUCCAAUUCCACGGCAACGUUCGCAAAGCCCAAGACGAGAACGGAAAGACGGUGGCCUUCUGGGAAGGGGGUGAAUUUGUCACUGCUGUCGCUUACGACGUACCAAUUCCUGGUUAUGACACGCCUUCUACUAACAACUUGCGACUGUGGUCCAGCAAAGCCGCUAGUGGUGAAUUCGACUUCCAGAAAUUCAACAGCGGGGAGUAUGAGAGCUCCGUAGCAGACCAGCAAAGAGCGGAGACCAUCAGUGCCGUUUUAUAUCCGAAUGACAACCUUGACCGCGGAAAGGAGCUGCGUCUUAAGCAGCAGUACUUCUGGGUUGCUGCUUCGCUCUACGAUAUCGUCCGUCGAUUCAAGAAGACGAAGCGUGCCUGGAGUGAAUUCUCCGACCAAGUUGCAAUCCAGCUUAACGAUACCCACCCAACACUAGCCAUUGUAGAGCUCCAGCGGAUACUGGUAGACGUAGAAGGCCUUGAAUGGGAUGAGGCUUGGCAGAUAGUCACGUCAACCUUUGGCUACACGAACCACACAGUUUUGCCCGAGGCUCUGGAGAAAUGGCCCGUCGGUCUAGUACAGAAUCUUCUGCCUCGCCAUCUCCAGAUCAUAUAUGACAUCAAUCUUUUCUUUUUACAGAGCGUAGAAAAGAAAUUCCCAGAUGACCGGGACAUACUAAGCCGGGUUUCGAUUAUUGAAGAAUCUCAGCCAAAGAUGGUCCGCAUGGCGUUCUUGGCCGUUGUUGGUUCUCACAAGGUCAAUGGCGUUGCCGAACUGCAUUCAGACCUCAUCCAGACGACUAUCUUCAAGGACUUUGUCAACAUAUUCGGCGCAGACAAAUUUACCAACGUCACAAACGGUAUCACACCUCGAAGGUGGUUACAUCAAGCAAACCCCCGACUUUCGGAAUUGAUUUCUAGUAAAAUUGGCGGUCUCAGUUUCUUGAAAGAUCUCACGCUCCUCAAUAAGCUAGAGACCUAUGUCAACGACAAAGCAUUCAGAAAGGAAUGGGCCGAGAUUAAAUACGCCAACAAGGUCCGGCUUGCGAAGUACAUAAAGAGCACCACAGGCGUUACGGUAAACCCGUCGUCUCUGUUUGACGUCCAGGUCAAACGUAUCCACGAAUACAAGCGACAGCAACUGAACAUCUUCGGCGUCAUCUAUCGGUAUCUGAAGCUCAAGGCCUUAAGUCCCGAAGAGAGGAAGAAACAGCUACCUCGUGUCUCGAUCUUCGGUGGCAAGGCUGCACCUGGCUACUGGAUGGCGAAACAGAUUAUCCACCUCAUCAACAGCGUCGGUGCUGUCGUUAACAAGGACCCCGAUAUUGGUGAUCUCCUAAAGGUCAUCUUCUUGGAAGACUACAACGUCAGUAAAGCAGAGAUGAUUACUCCUGCUUCUGACCUCAGCGAGCACAUCUCAACUGCCGGCACAGAGGCGUCCGGAACCAGCAACAUGAAAUUCGUGCUGAACGGCGGUUUAAUCAUCGGGACAUGCGACGGAGCUAAUAUCGAAAUCACCCGAGAAAUCGGCCAAGAAAACAUCUUCCUCUUCGGCACCCUAUCCGAGGACGUGGAGGAUCUGCGCCACGCGCACACGUACGGUUCGCACGCAAUCGACUCUGGCCUGAACGAAGUGUUCGAGGCUAUUAAGAGUGGCAAGUUCGGCGACUCUAACGACUUCAACGCGCUGAUCUCGGCCGUUCGCGAUCAUGGCGACUACUAUCUAGUGUCGGAUGACUUCCAAUCAUAUAUCGAUACCCAGAGGAUGGUAGACGAUGAAUACCGCAACCAGGACGAGUGGGUCUCGAAGUGCAUCCGUAGCGUUGCUAGGAUGGGCUUCUUCAGCUCGGACAGGUGCAUCAACGAGUACGCCGAGGGCAUCUGGAAUGUCGAGCCCCUUGCUGUAUAA